AUGUCGGUUCGUGUGGUCGCGCGUAUCCGUCCCCUCCUCGAAAAGGAGCUGGAUAAGGACGUCAUUGUCCGCGCGGACAGCACCGAGCCAGGCAAGCCAGCCACGCUGGUCAAGAUCCCGAGUCCGAAAAACGAGAGCGAGGAAUUCUCCUUUGCCUUCACCAGCGUCUACGACCAAUCGACGACACAGGACGCACUCUUUACAUCAGAGGUCGCGCCCCACAUCAAGGCGCUCUUCCAAGGUCUCGAUGUCACCAUCUUCGCCUAUGGAGUCACGGGAACUGGCAAGACACAUACGAUGCGAGGUGGACUGAAGCUGGCAGAUCGAGGUGUAAUCCCGCGGCUGCUGAGCGGUGUGUAUCGACGCGGCAAGAAGAUUGCCAAGGACACCGGCGGCAAGACGACUGUCGACGUUGUCUUGUCAUACUACGAGAUCUACAACGACAAGGUCUUUGACCUGUUCGAACCUCCCGAGAAACGGCAGCCUGCUGGCCUACCCCUCCGCGAAAAGGAUGGCAAGACGAUGGUAGUGGGUCUAUCCGAGCGCGCCUGCGAGGACCUGCAGGACUUCUCCCGGCUGUACAUCGAGGCGAAUAACAACCGCGUCACGGCAUCGACGAAGCUCAAUGCGCACAGCAGUCGAAGCCAUGCCAUCAUGAGGAUCAAGGUGACUCAAACGACUGGAGACCAGGUCCGUGAAAGCACGGCCUCAGCCAUUGACUUGGCUGGCUCGGAAGAUAACCGUCGUACGGACAAUGGAAAGGAAAGAUUGGUCGAGUCUGCUGCCAUCAACAAGAGUCUUUUCGUCUUGUCUCAGUGCAUUGACGCCAUCUCCCGAGGCGACAAGCGGAUUCCUUAUCGCGAGUCAAAGAUGACGCGUAUUCUGAGCUUAGGCCAGAACAACGGCAUCACCAUUAUGAUUCUAAACCUGGCUCCUAUCCGCAGCUACCACCUUGACACGUUGAGCAGCUUAAACGUCAGCUCUAGAGCCAAACGCAUCGAAGUCCGCGAAAUCGAGAACGAGGUCGUCUUCAAGCAGGUCCCGCGUACGAACUCAGGCAGUUCCACAACUACUCUGCGACAACCCCUCCGUCCCUUGGCCAAUGCCCACAACAUUCACAGCGGCACUAUUGCAGCCAAGGCCAACGAGAAAGCUGAUCCGACGCGGCCAGUGAAGCUUUUCAACGUUUACACCGACCGCAGCAAGUCUGCUGGCCCUGUCCGACCGACGGCCAACAUGACACAGACCCGGAAGCCCCUCGUCGAACGCGAACUUCUGUCUAAGACUAGCAAGCUCGCUCGGCCAUCGCAGCCAUCACAGACAGUUCAGCCAGUCCAGCCAGCCCAGCCAGCCGAACAAAAGCUUUCGAUCUCUGCGGAGCAAUUGGAGGCCAUCGUGGAGAAGAAGGUCAGCGAGAUCCUUGCCUCAAGGGAGAACAAGAUGGUAGAGCCCGCCCCAGCACCUGCUCAUCCCGAUAUCAACGAUGCUGUGCGCCGCCGAUUAGAAGCCUUGGAGCGCCGCAUUGCGAAUGAGGAGCGGGAACGCGAUGAUGGUCGCUCAGAGGGACUCCGUUUCUUGCUGGCUGCUAGACAGGCGAAGGAGGCUGGCAAUGACGUUGUGGCACUCCAGAUGUACGAGGAGGCCCUUCCUUUCUUCCCGGGCCAGGCUAAGCUGCUGGGCAAGAUUGAGAAGCUUAGGGUCAAGCUUGGAAACAUGCUUCCCACAGAGUCUGUUCCGGUGUCCUCCUCCCCACGAAACGGACACGAGAAGAAGCGUAGAAGAAUUGCUGCUGAUGACAGCGACGAUGAGUACCAUCAAGACAAAGGGGACGAAGAUAUGAGCUUUGUGGAUGCCGCCACGAAGACGAAGAGCCGAAAGGCCAAGCCUGCGAGGCCCCCCAAGAUGGUCCUCCCUGACGUAACCGGUCCAGUCUCUCCCCGGGCCCAGAACUUGUUGAGCAUCAUCAACUCGAGAGACCUUGCCCAGAUCAAGGGCUUGCACGGCUUCGGCUCGAAGAAGGCCCAGGACCUCGUCGAUUACCUAGAAACGAUGGCAGAUGAGGACGGCGCCCAGAUUGAAACAUUGGCGCAACUCAAGACCAUCCCUGGAAUGGGUGGUCGGACCGUCGAGCGUGCUUACGACGGCCUUGUUGGACUGGCCAUUUGA